AUGGAGUUUGCUAAACUAAAAGAUGUUACAGAGAAAGGUAUAGAGAAGUACGCAGAAAAAUUAAAUUCAUUAAGUCAAACGAUUUGGUCAAAUCCAGAAUUAAAUUAUGAAGAACAUUCCGCUCAUGCAGCAUUAACUGAUUUUCUUGAGAAAGCCGGAUUUAAUGUUGAGCGAAACUUCAAGUUGAAGACUGCUUUCAGAGCAACUUUUGGCGACGAUGAUUCAUCAAAACCUCAUGUCGUUGUUAUCUGUGAAUACGAUGCAUUACCCGAAAUAGGUCAUGCUUGUGGACAUAAUCUAAUAGCAGAAUGUGGUGUGGCAGCUGGGCUUGGUAUCAAAGCUGCUAUUGAAGUCUCAGAUAAGUCAUUAGGAAAGGUAUGUGUAACCGUUCUUGGUACGCCAGCAGAGGAAGGUGGUGGAGGAAAAAUUGACCUGAUAAAUGCUCAUGUCUUUGAUGAUGUUGAUUUAGCUAUGAUGUCACAUCCUACUCCAUUCGACCACUCUCACCCACCAACUCUUUCAAUUGCACAAUGUAAUGUUAAAUUCCAUGGGAAAGCAUCCCAUGCUGCUGGAUUCCCAUGGGAAGGAAUUAACGCCCUGGAUGCUGCAGUUUUGUGUUACCAGAGUAUAUCCUGUCUAAGACAACAGUUUAAACCUAAAUGGAGGGUUCACGGUGUAAUUAAGAAUGGAGGAGCUAAACCGAAUAUCAUACCAGAUUUAACCGAAUUAGAGUAUUAUAUCAGAGCACCGAAUGAUAAAGAAUUGAAGAUCUUAAUGGAUAAAGUUUCAAAUUGUUUCGAAAGUGCCGCAGCCUCUACUGGAUGUACCGUUGACUGGAAAUUUAUUGAUAAAUCAUAUUCCGGACUAAUAAGCAAUAAGACUUUGGUCAAAUUGUUUGAAAAGCAUGCGAUUGCUGCUGGUAUCAAUCUAUCAGACGAUCCAGAUCCACCCACGGGAUCAACCGAUAUGGGCAAUGUGUCAUAUGUUGUUCCAAGUAUUCAACCCUUCUAUAGUAUUGGAGGGAAAGCGGCCAAUCACACAAGAGACUUUGCGACUGAAUCAGGAUCACCCACUGCUCAGUCGUAUACAUUAAAACAAGCCAAGGUUCUGGCUUUAACAGCAUUAGACGUUUACACCAAUCCAGAUUUAUUACCCAAGAUAAAACAGGAAUUCCAAACUGAUCUGAAAAAUCUGACUUAAAUAGAAACAUUCAUUGAUAUCUUAAAUUAUAUAUUAAAGAUAAUGGUAAGCUUUGUUUUCAUUUACCUGCCGUUAAUUGGAAAAUUGUUCUUUGUCGUUGUGUUAAAUACAUUAUAUGAUUAAUUGUAUGUACAAUAAAAGCGCACUGUUAUUAUAUAUGCUUGU